CAAAUGAAAACUCAGUCAGUCUGCUGAGCUUUUUCUGAGUGACAGGAUCUAUUCGAGCUGUGGAAUGACAGUUUGACGGACACAGUCGUGGAAUUCAUUACAAGUCUGUAGCCAUGGGAUAUUUGUAGCUAUGUUAGACAACAUAGCAUCCAUUCGUUUUUUUCCAUUUAUUACUAUAAAGUUUCUUGCGCGAUGGAGCCUGGAGCGGGACGAGACGAUGGGAUCCUCUGUGCGCUUUGGAGACCGAGGAUGUGUGUGUGAAAUUGGACAGACUGGGGUCAGUCAUGGAGCCUGAACAGCUGAACUGCACCUCCCAGUGUGAUUCCCCUCUCUGCUUCAUCCAUUCAGGAGUGUACAGGCGGGAGGGCCUAGACAUUCUGCAGAGACUAUGCAGUCUCAGCACGAUGGCAGUGGAGCUCCCAAGGCGGUCUCUGUCCCCGGUGUUAAGUGCUGUGGUGUGGACGCUGCUCUCCGGUGGAAUCCUGCUGGCUUUCUGCUUCCUGCUCUUCACCCUGCGCUUCAAAAACAACAGGAUAGUGAAGAUGUCCAGUCCCAACCUGAAUGUCCUGACUCUCUUUGGAAGUGUCCUCACCUACAGCAGCGGCUUCCUGUUUGCCAUUGGCGAGCGAUCACACUCACAAGGGGCAGCAUCCACAGCCGUGCUGCAAGCUCGGGUGUGGACUCUUUGUGUCGGCAGUACUCUGGUGUUUGGUCCAAUUUUGGGGAAGACGUGGAGACUGUACAGAGUGUUCACCCAGCGAGUACCUGACAAGAGAGUGAUCAUCAGAGACAUCCAGCUGAUGGGUAUGGUGGCUCUGUUGAUCAUGGUGGACAUGCUGGUUCUCACCGCCUGGAACCUCACAGAUCCCAUCCGGUGUUCACGAUCUGUCGGAGCUGUUGUCAAGGUGGUGGAGAGAGACAUUUCCUACUCUUUGACUCAGCUGGACACCUGUUCCUCUGUAUACUCAGAUCUUUGGGUUAUCAUCAUUGCUGUUCAGAAGGGUUGUCUUCUCCUCUAUGGGACUUAUCUAGCUGGUCUGACCAGCAACGUCAGCCACCCUCCCGUCAACCAGUCUCCCACCAUCAUAACAACCGUCACUUUGGUCACCCUCUUUUCGGCGGUGGCCGUCCCUGUGUCCAUCUUUCUGCAGGCGUGGCCCAACCUUGUCUACAGCACUGUGGCUGGAGCCAUUUUCAUCUGCACACUUGCCACCAACUGCAUGCUGUUUGUGCCUCAGCUGACCCAGUGGCGGCAGUUUGAAGAGGACCAGAACAACCCAAGUCAGAUGGCCAAGUAUUUCAGCAGCCCCAGUAAGAGCCAGGCCUCUGUGUACAGCCAGGAUGAGAUGUACUACCUGCUGGGAGAGAACAACUCCAUGAAAAAACUCCUUAACGAGAAGAACGCUGUGAUUGACAGCCUGCAGGAGCAGGUGUACAAUGCCAAGGAUAAACUCUUGCGACUCAUGUCAGCCAGCAGGCCACAGGAGGACCAGGACAUGGACUCUUCCAACACCAACCUCAACUCCACCUCCACUCAGACCACAGAGCUUCAAUCUGACGGCCCCUCUUCUUCUUCUCUACCUCAGAAAGACACUAAAUCCGAACUCUUGCCGCCACAUCUCUCCUCUCACCUUGCUGCUGCUCUUAUGCCAUCCUCUGAGCCACCCGCUGCUACAAGCUCCUUAUCCCCCAUUGCUGCUUCCUCUCCUCUCUCGGAUGAUAUUCAUAAUACUAAAAACCAGAAAGGUGUCUCUGCCGCUGGCCCUACAGCCAGAGACACAGCUGGGAAGGGAACAGGGGAGGAUCUCAAACAGCAUGUGUCCCUUCAGUCCCCUGGCUCACUCAGGACAACAGAGGAGACAGUUCACUUUGUCACUUCCCUACAAUCCCGUAGAGGGCUAAACCCCUCUCAGGUUAAAACUUUCAACAAUCAGAGUGGGCUAACAUCCCGGUUGGGAACAAAUGCCAGACCGACUGGUUUUGUUAGCAGUGAGCAGUUGCAGGAGAUCAUCCAGGAGCUGAGUGUGGACGCAGUCAUGGAAAUCGCACUUCGAUCACCCGGUCAGACAUCCAGAACGCCCUCUCAGCUCAAAUUUACUGAAGCCUCCGCACUUUCCCCUCUCUCCCUGCGGACACCACGCUCCCCUCAUCCACCUGUUUUCUUCCGUUACCCCAGCAUCUCCCCCUACACGAUGAGGAAACGUCGGCCGCCCUUCCACUCCCCCAGAAGAGGGUUGGACCCACCCUGCUUCUUUGCAGGGUCAGAGGCUGCUGGUUGUGAACACCAAAAUCCAGGCAAGCACACUGACGGUGUCACUGUGGAUGGUACCCUCCUCCAGGUUCACAAUACUGACCUUGAGCUGGAGGAGGAGGAGGAGGAGGAGGAGGAGGAAGAUGCGGAAGGGAAUGAAGGGAUAAGAAAAUGUCGGAGCCAUAUUUCAAGGUUCCACAGAUGUUCAGUCUUGCCCAGUGCAAAAUACAAAGCACCAGCUGAUGUGGAAGCGGGUGGUGAUAAUGAGCAGCACCAUAGACACAUUAGAGACUCCUGUGGGUACUGGGACUCUGACUCUAGCAGCUCAACAGACUACUGUUACUACCAUCGUCCCUACUGUGACUCCUGCCUGCAGCGAGGCUCGCUACUGUCCUCAGACAGCUCCUCAGACUCCUGUGACAGCGAGUAUGAAGGCUACACCAGCCUGUACCGCUCCCCCCACCCCGUGGUAUUUAAAGAAGACAUCAAACCCACCUUUGUCUAAGCACAGGUUCACUGCACUUUACAUGUUUAUCCUUUUUCCACCACUUGAAUUCAUGUCCUAAGAAAGGUUGCACAAAAUUAGCUUUUAGGAUAAAGCAGGUGCAAAGCUCGUUGUGCAUAGUGUGCAUCUCGAAUGGGAGAUCAUUUGACUGAAGCUUUCAGUAGGAAUGUGUUUUGCAGUCUGUAUAAGAAGAACGUUGGUAUUCUUGAAACUUUCAUUGUGGGCCAGAGUGGCUCUUUUGUUAGAUGUAUGUAAACUUGUGUAGCUCAGAAGCACGCGAUGCUGUUUACUUUUUGAUAUUACUUAUGGCAUUAUUUGUAUAUUUCCACUGUCCGGUGAAAUUCCUUACAUUCCAAAAAAGUCUGACAUUUAGAGUAAGAAAUAAAAAGAAAUCAAAGUUAAAGGUUUUCACAGAACAAGUGAAACAUAAGCUAUUGUGUAAUAGCUGUAUUUAUUUGAAUAUUUAUAAUAAGGUGUUUUGUGUACAUAAUUAGUUUCUGUCCACAUUUUUUUAUUGUUUUGCUUUUUCAUACACAUUCCUUAAAGUGUUGUUAUGCCAUUUUA